AAAUUAAACAUAUUUCUUGUUCUUUUAUUUUGAUGUUGAGCUUAAACAGAAUUGAGUAAUAUGAGGAACUUAGAGGUGUUAGACAUCAACUCUAAUAACAUUGAAAGCCUCAAAUCUUCCCAAGGUGAAAACAAUUUGAGGUUUUUCCAUCUAGAGGUCCUUGAUUUGAGUUAUAAUUUCUUCAACAACAGUGUGCUAUCUUUCAUCAAUGAAUUUUCAAAUCUAAAAUCUUUGAAUAUAAGUGAAAACAAUCUAAAAGGAUUAGUAGAUGUCACAAAAUUUGAUGCUUUAAGAUGCUUAGAAGAGCUACGCAUGAGCUACAAUGAACUCAACCAAUUCAUUUCCACUAAUGGAACCUUACCAACUCAAGGUUGGUGUGAUUUGAAGAACCUUAAAGAGAUGGAUCUUUUGGGAAAUGAAUUGGUAGGGAUACUGCCUUCUUGCUUGGCUAACUUGACGUCUCUUCGACUUUUGGAUAUCUCCCACAAUCUAUUCACUGGAAAUGUUGCGUCUUCUCCCUUGAUUGAUCUUACUCUGCUUAAAUAUCUCUCAAUUUCAUAUAAUAAAUUUCAAGUUCCAGAUUCAUUCAAGUCAUUUGCUAACCAUUCCAACCUUAAAGUUUUCCUGUGCGAUUUCAAUCAAUUGGUUCCAGAAUAUGAUAAUGUUCAAACAAUGGUUCCUAAGUUCCAGCCAAAAGUCUUUAGUUUGUCAAACUGUAGGAUACUAGAUCUUGGAGAAAACAGCCUUUUUGGAAGCAUUCCAAAAUGGAUCGGCACCCUUUCUUCAUUGAGUAUCUUGCGUCUAAAAGGCCAAAUCCCACUUGAAAUGGGAAACUUAAGUGACCUUCAUUCACUUAACUUGUCUCACAACAAUCUAACAGGACCUAUACCUUCUACCUUCUCAGAUCUGAAGCAACUUGAGUGCAUGGACCUUUCUUUCAAUGAUUUGAAUGGUGAGAUUCCAUCUCAAUUUACUAAGCUAAACUCUUUGGCCGUUUUUAGUGUUGCGCACAACAAUCUUUCAGGUCUUAUACCAUAUGGAAAAGGACAAUUUGGAACCUUUGACAAUAGCAGUUAUGAGGGAAACCCUCUUCUUUGUGGACCUCCGUUGGAGAAAAGUUGCAAGGAAAUUGAUUCACAACCAAAGGCUACUCUAGUUGAUCAAGUAGGUAGUUAUGAUUAAUUUAGAUGGAGACCAUUAUUCUAGACUAUUUAAACUUAGUUGUGAACAACAAGACAAGGAGCAUCAUUUCAUAGUCGGCAUUUUGAAGCGGCGAUUUUUGAACAAAGUAAUUCUAUUACUAAAAGGAAUCAUGGUCUGAUCUUUAUUUAAAGGUGCACAAUCUUGAUCUUAAUUGCUUUUUUCCCAAAUUGGUUGUUAGAGAUCCAAUUUAAUUGAGUCAAAGGAAUAUAUGUGAAAGCAUACAUGUUAUGUGGUAGUUUUGGAUAAUGAAGUUCUAGGUCAAGUGUUGUGUUUGUGUGUGUGUCUAUAUAUAUAUAUAUAUAUAUAUAUAUAUUUUUUUUUUUUUUCUGUUUUGGGACCGAUUUGCAUGUUGAGGUUGAUUUUUCUUAUUUUUCUGGUGGAGGUAUUAAGAGAAUGGUUAAGGUAGAUUAGAAGUUUUUUGUGUUGUGUACACCAGGUGUUUGAUAAAUUACUUGUAUGGGAUGGUGUUCUGUUGUUGUUUUUUUUUUCUGUUUUGGUGGGACAGUUCAUUGUUAUCUUGUAUCUUGUCUUUAAAGUUGCAUUAGGAGUUUGGUUGGGAUUCCUGUUAAUUUGUAUAUAUUUAUAAUAUGGGUUUGAAUAUUCCUUACACUCAUUUGAAUAAAACAAUUGUAGAUAA